AUGAGAUAUUUAAUCGUCUUGUUCCUCGUAACUCUGGCAGUUUUGCUGCUGAUAAAUGACGUUGGUGCCCAAAGUUCACGCCGUAGUCGUACUAGACGACGCACUACGCGUUUGGGUACUACUGCUGUUCCAGUUCCGACUCAGCACGAGCCAAGAAUCACCAAGACCACGCCGAUAGAGGCAACCAAGUUCAGUUCUCCAGUUAUCAAGUUACAAACGAAGCUCGGUUUGCGCACUCAGUUGUUUAACAAUGUGGUGGCUGGUUAUAAUGUGACCAGAUACGAACUAAGUGAAGCUCCAGUUUAUCGAGGUGGCUUUCCAGUCCAUGGAAGUUACGUGUCCAUUCCUGAAAACAGAGCCGUGAGGUUGUCGUCCGAAAGAGUGAGCUUACUGGACUCCAAUGGAAGCCUGUGCCUGGGACAAUCUUCCAAAGAACUUACACUGACAGGAGGAAUCGAAAACAACAUCACCGAAGUGAGAGCAGCAGUGAAAUACGAGAAUCGUCUGAACGACAAGACCUUCUCCGGCGUCAACAACACAGUUCCUUUGAACGACGUCAAAGACAAGACUUUCACAGUAACCUCUCGGGCUCGCUACGGAAUCCCUGUCGUGGACAACACCCAGUGUACACAAGUGGAGAAGGAAGUGAAUGGAACAAUGAUUCAGUUGUACGAAUUUAAUCCUAACACUGCAGGCAUAACCGGUAUAGAUUCUCGGCUGAUUUUCGCCUCCAUCACCGUGAUUGGAAUUCUUAAUAGUCUUAAGUAG